AUGAGUGAAAUUAUUGCCAAAGUAUAUGAAUCACUGCAAACGUUCGAUCCCCAUUUUAUUAAGAUAUAUAUCAAUGAUCAUGCCUAUGAUACAAAUCUUUAUGUUGGGAUGGCAAUUUGCAGUAAAAUUAAAAACCAAAUUUAUUUCAAUCGAUCUACAAAAGAAUUCAGAUUUUUUGCAGAUAUAAAAGAUGGUAACACAUACAUUGUGCUCGACAAGAUAUUGAAGCUGCAAAUUCCAGAAGAUAUCAAUGAAAAUGUAGCAAUUGACUUUUUCAAACUCGGAGAAGUAUUGCAAAGCGAUUAUUUAAUAUCUUUAUUCACUAAAAGAUUUAAAAAUGAUGAAUACACAAAAGAAAACAUAUUCAUAAUGAUUAAAUAUUGCAAAUAUAUUGGUUACAAUAACAAAAUAUUAGAUUUCAUAUGCGAAAAUAUUGAUUCAAUCAACCAUAAUGAUCUCAUAGAUUCAAUUGUUGAAAUCGGAUUGGAUUUUGCAGAACAAUUAAUCAUACAUUUCAAUAAAAAUAAUAAAAAUCCAAAUGACAUCAUUUUCUCUCUUGCGAAUAAAUGCUCUGCAUUUAUUGAACUCGUGUCAUAUCUCAGUGACGAAUAUAUUGAAAUAAGGAAUGCAAACCAAUUUUUCAAAGCUAUAUCCACAACAAAUGGUCAAUCAUCAAUAGUAUCGAUUUUCAAGUCUUUGAUAGAUAAAACUAAUGAAAAAGACAUAAGAAUUGUAGAAGUAAAUCAAAUGAAUAAAUCAAUAAAUUCCAAGAAUGAAGAAUUAAGAAGAGAAAAUGAUUCACUUCGCCAGGAUAACUCGAAGCAAUAUAAUGAAAUAUUAAAAUUGAAAAAUGAAAAUGAAAAAUUGAAGAAAGACAGUUCAAAACUUAAUGAAGAUAUCAUAAAACUAAAUGAUGAAGUGACAAGGUUAAAAAGAGAAAAUUUAUCUCGAAAGGAUGAGAUCGAUCAAUUAACAAGGCAGAAUAAAACAAAAUCAUCAGAAAUAAUAAGUUUGAGAUCUGAAAAUUCCGAUAGAAAUGAUAUUAUUAAAAAGAUUGGAGAAAAUCUACCAAAAAUUAAGAAAAUUAAUAAUAUGAAAUUAGAUAAACCAGCAUUCCAAGAAGUUUAUAGAAUAAUUAAAGAAGCUUCAGAUGAAGGAGAUUUGGCAACCAUAUAUUAUUAUUAUUAUAAAUUCAAAAAACAAGUUGUGGAGCCGAAAAUGGCUAAUUUAUGUGUUUACAUCACUUCGGCAAUUAGAGGACAUAUUGAAUUAACUAAAACUUUUAUAGAAUUUGGGGCAAAUAAAUUUGCAACAGAUGGUAUAACAGGCAGAACUUUUAUUCAUUUUUUCGCUGCAACAGGAAAUAUUGAUGCUAUUAAAUACUUUAUGCAAUAUAACUAUGAUUUGGAUAAGCCAGAUAACGAUGGAAAUACUCCUCUUCAUCUAGCCGUAAUUAAUAACUAUUAUAAUAUUGUUGAGUACUUUUGUCAUCAUCAAAAUAUUAGAUAUUUUUAUAUACAUUUAUUGGUUAAUAAUGAUGGUGAAAAUUCAAUAGACAUUGCUAGGCGCAAAGGUUUUGAUCGCAUCAGAGAACUUUUAGAAAGCAUCUAA